AUGGAGGUAGUUGAAUGCACAUCAGUGAUCAAGUUCAUAUACUUGAAAGAUCGUCUAUCAAAAGAGACUUUCGAUGAGAUGAAAGAAGUUUAUGAUGACCAUGUACCAUUAUACAACGUAGUCAAGCAAUGGCAUUGCCAGUUUAACUGUGGUAAGACAUUGCUGGAAAGUGCUCCUGUUCCUGGACGACCACAUUCCGCCAUUGAUGACGACAUCACCCAUAAAGUGGAAGCCGUCAUUUUGGAGGAUCGCCGCAUAACUAUUCCGCAACUAUCCCAAAAAGUGAUGAUUAAUGUAGGAUCCGUGGAAAAAAUCAUUUCCGACCAUUUGCACAUGCAAAAGUUGUCUACAUGGCGGAUUUCUUGGAUGCUCACAGCUUUUCAGAAGCAGGAACGAGUCAAUGUGCCAAGAAAACGAGGAGGACGUUUUCGGUAG